CUCAGAUGAACCAACCACCUCCCAAUCUCUCUCCCUCUCUCCCUCUCUGCCAUUACUGAAUUGAGAGCCAAAGAACGAGGCCACCAAGAUAAUGAGCAGAAAGCAGCGAGGAUUUGGGUGACAAAUGGGUUAAUAUCAUAUUUAUGCAUUUUGCUAUUAGAUUUCCCUCAUUUCAGUCUUGAAAAUGAAAACCAUUUAGCCAUUCUCUCUUUUAGCUUUUUAUUUCAACUGUGUUUCAGAUCCCAAGAAAGUUUUUUUCGACUACCAAAAGGAUGUUGCCUACCAUCUUUUUGUGUCCCUGGUCUGUCCCUCGGACAAGCACCUGGAUUUGAGAAAAAAAUUCGCAAAUCUUUCAACACACUCUCUCACUCUCUCUCUACCCCACUCUGCUUUCUACUUCUUCUUCUUCGUCCUCUUUCUUGUCAGAAUUUGCUGAAUCGUUGGCUUGGUUCUUGGGUUUUUGUUCCUCAAAUCUCACAUUCUGUGAGAUUUUGGGUAAUUUUCGAACACCUCUAUAAUUUGCUCUCAUAACACGAUUUCAAAUUAUGGGGACUUGAUCAGAAUCUCGUGUCUCUCUUUUUUGUUGAUCUGGGUGUCUAAAUUUGCUUGCAAGAUCUGGGUCUCUCUCUUCGAAGUUCAAAGUCACAUGGAACAGAGCAAAGAAACUGCCUAGGAAAAAAAAAAAACGCUGCUGACACAUUUGUGGUGCAUACAAUUUUUCAUGGAAGAUAAUGACUCAGAAGGACCAAACCCAGAAAUGGAGCAAUAGCAGCAGUGGUGGCGGCGGCGGAGGUCUUGGAAGAUCUUCAAAGAAGCCAAAGCAGAAAAAGGUCCCACAGAGAGGCCUUGGAGUGGCACAGCUUGAGAAAAUAAGAAUUGAAGAACAACAAAGGAAAGAAGCUGCUGCUGCUGGUGCCAUUUUACCAGCUCCACCACCACCAACAUCACUGUCACCGAGCAAACCUUAUCUACCUCUGUCAAUUCCUAGUUUUCAUCACUCUAAUCAACCUUCUUCCUCUUCAAUUUCAUUACAUCCUGGAACCUCAAUAGAUUUUCCUAGGUUGCCUCUGUCACUGCAAGGUCUAGAUGCUGCUAAAGCUUCUUCAUUCACUGUUCCAUUGGAAAACAGUGGUAAAUUUGACCCUACCUGGCCUUCUGUUCACGAAAAUGUGCGUAAGUUGAGUGAUUUUGAGAAGGAUUUUCUGUCAGGUAUGAAUAUGAACUUGCCUUAUGAAUCCAACCCCACCUGGCCUCUCUCCAAUUGGACUCAAACAACACAGCAAUAUCAGCAACCUCCUGCAUCAAUGGUGAAUAUCUCAUCAGGGAACUUAACAUCACCUGUAUAUCAUUACUCCGAAGAGCCCCCUUCAAACCAAAACUAUAAUAGUAGCUGUGUGACAAUGAGGCCAGGGGAGAAGAUGAUUGGCCUGAAAAGAUCAUACCCCUUGUCUCUGGAUGUUUCACCUGCCUCCUAUUUUAAUUUCAAAUCGCCUGCUUUUAGUACUAAUGUGAAAGCAAGUGAAACAACUUCACGUGCCUAUGGAACUGGCCUGAACUUUGGCUCCGCCUCUUCAUCUUUUAGAGAAGUAUCUUCCUGUACAACUCCAAGCUCAGAGUCAAACUCAAAGAAAGCUACAGAGAAUGAGAAUUUCAAUGGAGAUUUUCUCACUUUAGCUCCACCCACUUCAACUUUCCCAGCAUUUCACAUCCAGGAAUUUUCUCAUUUUGAGUCUCCACCUUUUCAGGGAACUGAAGAAGGUCAAAUUCUUCAUGGCCAGCAACAAUCUCUACACAGUUUUUUUCCCACCAAAGGAAGCACAGACUGUCCAAACAAGAGAGACAAACAGAGAUAAGAAUUGCAAUGGUGAAAAGGAACAAAGUGUUGAUCUGAAUUUGAAGUUGUGAGCAUCUUGUUUUUGCCCAUUUCUUCUCAUGGUGUCACUAUUAGGCCAGUUGUUCCUCACUAUGAAACUCAAACCCAAAAUUGCAUACUCAUCUUUGAUCCAAUGUUACAAGUGGGUAGAUAUGUCUAGAAGUUGCACAUGUGGGGUUGAGUCUGAAAGGGACUUCAAAUCUUUGCCAUGUGAGAAGUGGGAGAGUGGAGAGGGGAGAGAGCGAGAGAGAGAGAGAGAGAUUUAUCUGUCUCAGGCUUUGAGGUGCCACAUAAUAAUAACAAUGCCUUUUCUGUU